GAAAUACUCUGAGCUUCAUAUUUACAGAGCCACUUUGGCUGACGCUGGGGAAUAUGCAUGCAGAGUGAGCAGCAAACUAGGGAAUGACAGUACUAAAGCCAGUGUUAUCAUCAUGGACACCAAUG